AUGAGCGACGAACCAGUAGAGCUCACCAACCUUGCAGCGUCCAAGAUUGACACCCCACCAGAGGAUGCUACACCACCCGUUCAAUACCCGCGUGGUAUCCGCUUGGCUUUGAUAACUGUCGGCCUCGCCCUCUCCAUCUUUCUCGCUGCUUUGGAUUCAACAAUCAUCGCUACCGCAAUCCCGAGCAUCACCACGCAAUUCCGUAGCAUCAGCAGCCUGGCCUGGUAUGGCUCGUCCUACGCAAUCACCAACACCGCAUUCCAAUCCGCGUGGGGCAAAGCCUAUCAGUACUUCAGCCUCAAAGCCACCUUCAUGUCUGCAAUUGCGGUGUUUGAAAUUGGCAAUGUGAUAUGCGCAACAGCACCAACGAGCGAGGUUUUGAUCUUCGGGAGGAUCGUGUCCGGCAUGGGCGGUGGCGGAGUUAUGACGGGGAGGCAUUAUAAGGUCAAGGUCGGUGUGCUGACACUACACAGGAUCAGUCUACCGAUCGGCUUCGCUGCCGCGCUCACGAUGUUCCUCUGCUUCCAUGACUCAGGAAAGCCCAAGGAUGUACCUCUCCGCGAGAAGCUUCUGAACUUGGAUCUUAACGGCGCCAUCUUGCUAUCCGGUUGCUUCUCUUGCUUCAUCCUAGCUACGCACUGGAUCGGCAUCAUGCCUCCGACCAGUGCUCGUAUCAUUGGCAGCUUUAUCGGUUUUGUAGGCCUUUUCAUCUGCUUCGCGAUCAACGAACGCUAUAUGGGAAGCUGCGCAAUGGUACAAGCUCGCGUGUUCAAGAACAAACUCGUCUUCGCCAAUCUGCUAUAUGCUUCCUUCAUCGCGGGCGCCUUCUUCCCACUCAUGUAUACAUUGCCAAUCCAGUUCCAAUCCGUCAACAACAACACGGCUUCGCAGAGUGGUGUCCGACUUAUUCCACUCGUCAUGGGCGUCUCACUCUUCACCAUGAUAUCUAAUGGAACGCUCACCUUCUGGCGCCAUUACAAGCCCUUUUUCUUAGUGGGCGCAAUUAUGGCAGUAGCUGGAAACGUAAAGAUACACUCCUUGGAUGCUAGCACACCGACCAGGGACUGGGUCGGCUUCGAGCUCUUGACAGCCACGGGAGUAGGCCUCGCUCUUCAGAUCCCGAUGAUUGCGAACCAAGCCCUCGUUUCUGCUGACGACUUGGCCGCUGUAACAUCGAUGUCGCUCUUCAUGGAGAAUACUGGCACCGUCUUUUCUGUCGCAUCGAGUGAAGCGGCGUUCACGAACGGACUGCUUUCAAGCCUCGCCCGCAACCUGCCCGAACUGGACGCGAAGGAGAUAAUGGAUGCUGGCGCGACGCAGAUCCGCGGGCUAUUCUCAGGUCAUGAGCUUGACCAGGUAUUGAAAGGGUAUCUGGAUGGCUGUAAGACCAGUCAUGUCAUACCCGUAGCCUGUGGCGCAAUCUGUGCGGCAAUCAGCUUGUCCAACGCUGUGCCGGCGACCUUUCAAGGGAUAAAGAAGCGGCUUGGGAAAAGCCAUGAUCGAUGA